UUUGUUUCGCAAUGGACUUACAAUGUUUAAUUAUUUAUCUUGGAAAUGAAGACAAAGAUCUUUUUUGAGUACAUCGAUUAAGUUAAUUGAAGUGUUCCCACACAUUUUACGGACGGAAGAAUAUUUAUAAGAUAUCUUAAAACGCACACUCCUGAAGCUUGAAGUGCCGGAGAACGUAUUCGUGCUCAGAAUGUAUUUUACCCAAUGGAUACAGUAAAAGAAUUGGUCUAGAAAAAAAAAAACGAAACAAAAAAUAGGAAAGGGAACAGGAAUAAUGUUUGAUGAUGGGAAAAUGAGACUUGGAGUUUAUCCGAACAAUUUGUCACCGAAUCUAAUCCAAAGUCCAAGAGGGUUGCGAGCAUUUUCGCCUUACAAGGAAAACGAUUCCCUCGUAGUUUCCGAUGAUGAUCUGGAUAGCAUUCUCAGUGAUGUAGAAGAAUACGAAGAAAAGAAGAAAGCGGCGAGAAAGAAAAAAGCGGCCGAGAAGAGAGAAACUAGUAAAAGACUUAGCCCUGUUGAAGAUGACUUGGACGACAUUUUUACAAAUGUCGAAAAACGGAGGAAAGAAAUGGAAGAAAUUUUGCUUGCAGUCGAAGCCUCUAAUAAGGACGACGACGAUAAAAUGUCUGAUUGUAAGUCGGUUGUUUCUAUGGACAACGAGUUGGAGGAAUUGAUGAAAGAAAUAGAGGGGGACGGAUUGAAUGUGGACAAUUUCAUUCAACAGAAUAAUAGAAAAGAGAUUCCUUCAGAUAGAACAAAGUCGGAGGAAGAAUUAGAUGGAAUGGUAGAGGACUUAUUAGAAUUCUAGGCGUAAAAUUAACCUCCUGCAAAAGAAAAAGAUUGAAUCAUUUUUUCUACCGGGGAAAAGGUUUGCUGGGAGAUCCCGUUAGACACGAAUAUCCCGGGCCAAUGUAAACAAAUGUUAACAAUAUGGAUCAUUUCCGGAAAAUAUUAUAACUGAAUUAACACAAGUAAUAUACAUAAAUAACGCAAUAUAAUGCAACUUUAGUAUGCGAGAAUACUAAGAUAUUGAAUUUCUCAUAAAAGAAUGAGUAAAAUGAGGUACGUCGUAACUAAAAUUCCUUUAUAAUGUGAAUAUAUAAUCCUCGAGUAGAGUAGUGUGAUUAACAGGGUGAUCGAUUUCACAGAAAAAAUUCCAUUAUUCUCGGUGUUUAGGAUUAAGAUUUAUUAAAGUGAAAUGGGAUCUUUUUUUUUUCCAAAUCAGAGAUGGGGGAUUACGUGAUAUUUUGAAUUCAAGCACUGUAAAUCUCAUUUCUGCUCACGAAAAUUCAAGAAUAUAGUCUAAUGUGUUUCAGAUGGACAGAAAUAAAAAUGAAAUCGAACGUUUUUCAGUGCGAUUUUUCGGUUUCAAAUCAUUUUUUUUCUGUUUCCGAAAGAAGCAAAUAAGACAAAGGAAGUUCAAUCAAGUGAGUUCAACCAGGUCAUUGAACAAAGAACGCUGUUAUUGAA